UCCGUUCGUUCACCGCGUAAACACAGUCCCGGCUUCGGUUUGUUUAUUUGUGUUUUAUUGUGCAUUUGCAAUGGCUGACGUUGCUGAAAAUAAUGUUGAUGACGAAGAAGUAGAAGAUCCUUUGAAUUCCAUGAUUGAAGAGGCAAUUCGCAAUUUACAAAGGAAUCCGAAUGGCAGUGGCGGCCUCGCUCAGACAGACCAAUUUUCCUUGAUACCAGCGCCUCCUGUGAGUUCUGCGGGAUCGAUGGAGUCUCCCUCUGAGAUAGAAUUUAAAGGACAACGAGCGUUGGGAGCUGCUGUUGUUGCGUCGACUGCACGGAGCGCUGGAGAGCUGGGAGGGCGAACAGGAGUGAAGAAGGACGGACAGGACGGCGGGAGACUUGCUUCGGGUGCGGUCGGACGCGGACUGAGCAAGAGGACGAACAAGAACGAACGGCGAACGAACGAGACUCGAGGUAUACGAGCCUAAACCAAAUUCAACUUUGUAAAAAAAGAAAAAAUAAUAAUAUUAACUUUUCUUGUUUAAAAAAAAAAAGCAUGGAUUCCACCGCCGUUACCGCCACAGAUAGCGAUGCUUCUACUGGAUUCCUGACUGACACGCAACUGAGCGUCGCCACCGGACUCGUGUUGAUGUUCGGAAUGUUCUGGGUGAUCGGCUACCUCCUCAACUUCCUCAACUUCGCUCCCCUCCGUCGGCGCCGAUAUUAUCCCGGACACGAGGAUCCUCACGCCCAAGCCUCCUCCAUGUCGUUCCUGGAGAAGGCGCUGAACACCGUCAGUCGCUGGACGAGUCUCGAUUCGUUCUAGAAGGAAGGAACAUGGCGGGGAAUCGGACAAAAAUGGCGGGAAAAAAUGGAGAAAAAAAUGGCGGGAAAUUCGAAAGAUUAUGAGAGAAAAAGGGAGAUUUUUGGUUCUUUUUUUGUUCUCUCUCCCUUCAGCUCCUUUUUCUCUACUUUUGUCUCUGUAACUCAUGUUUAGCAGUGUUUUGUUUUGUAUGUGUGUGUAUUUAUUUGAGAGUGAGGAUACUUUUGGAUGGUUUAAUUUUUUCUAUUUUGUGUGCGUGUCUGUGUGUGUGUGUGUGUGUUUGUGUUUGCGUGUACAUGUAUGUGUGCGUGUUUUGUGGUUUUUAAUGUUGUGUUAUUUAUUAUACAUAUUUUGUCUCCAUACGCAUCAUUCCAUUAUUUGUAAGGCUUUUUCAAAUAAAUGAAAAAAAAU